AUGGAAUUACCAUAUUAUAGUAUUUUGAGAAGUGAAGAAUAUGUUCAAAAUAUAUUAAAAUAUGCUAAUUUAUUUCAAGAAGAUAAUGAUCUGGACAAGGAUUCAGAAGAAAAUUUUACAGAAUCUUUUAGUGAACUUGAUGGUGAAGAUCAAUUAAGCCUAGAAGAUAUUUCGAAUCUUGAUGCACCAGAAAUCAUUAAUGACCUUGAUGAAAUAGUUAUGUAUUCUGGUGUAGAUAUUGCAGAUGAUGAAGAAUUUAUAAAAGAAAAUUUUGAUGAAAACAAAGAAAGCAU